CCAAAGCCCAAUAGUAUACCCGAGACUUUCUGCCUCCGUCUCCCUCUGACUUCACUCACUCUCUCUCUCUCUCUCUCUCUCUCUCUCUCAGACAGACUCACGCCAUGACCGACGAAGAAACCCCAAACCCUAACACCACCGAUCAAUGCCGAGAAGAAGAAGAAGAAGCCCCACCAACCCCACACUCCGAUCCUCUUCCCCCCAAAACCCUAACCCUCCCCGACCCCGAUUCCACCAACCCUGAUCAAGACCCAGAAACCCUCAACGAAGAUCCGACCCAUACCCAAACCACCGACGACCCGGAACCCGACGCACCCACCGCUGCCACCUCCCUCCGCCGCGCCCCCAAGCGGAAGAAACUUGGCCCUAAGCGCACCGCACAGGAGAAGAAGUCCCGUGAGAAGCUCCAGGUUCUGAUCGAAACCCUAAGGCCUAUUCCUUUUAUACCCUCCAGAGAUUUCAACUUUGAGGCCCACAAGAGCCUCUUACAGCGUUUAGGGCUCUGGGAUUUUGUCCACCUCGAGUUCAGUCCCGCCCUCCGCCCCGAUCUGAUUGCUGAGCUUAUUGCGGGUUAUGUCCCCGCGUCGCGGUGUAGUUAUGUGAGUGGGGUUAGGAUCAAGGUCAGCCGCGCUGACCUCGGCCGCGCUCUUAAGCUGCCUGCCCCCAAGAUGCCGAGGAAGAAUGUGGCUAUCGCAGCGGCGACUGUAGUGGGUGAAGGUGGUGAGGAGUUGGUGGAUUCGAAGGAAUCUAUUGGUUUUGUUUAUGAAUUUGUGUGUCAUUGGAUGCUUUUGCAUGAUGAUGCGUAUAUAAUGCCUGAGGAGGUUUCGGGGUACUUGAAUUUGAUCAGGGAGGGGAACUGGGAGAGGGUUGAUUGGGCUGAUUUGGUUUGGCUCAUGGUGGAGAAGGAAUUGAGUGCUACCAAGCUGGGGAAUUGUUACUAUGCUUCGUAUUUGCAGCAUUUGAUUAAGUCGCAGCACAAGAAGUUGCUGGAGGAGGAGGCUCCGCUGGUGGUGGAGGAUGAGGGAGAAGAGGUUGAGGUGAAGGAUGAGGGAGAAGAGGCUGAGGUGAGGGAUGAGGGAGAAGAGGUUGAGAUGAAGGAUGCUGGAGAAGAGGCUGAGCUGAAGGAUGAGGGAGAAGAGGCUAAGUUGAAGGAUGAGGGAGGAGAGGCUGAGUUGAAGGAUGAAAGGCAAAAGGUUGAGGUUGAGGCAAAGGAUGAGAAAGAAGACUUGGUUGAGGAAAUGGACAAGGUGGAUGGGAGUGAUGAUGUGGAAAUGGGUGGGGUCGAUGUUGAUGAGAGUCGUGUUCCUGGGUUGGAGGAGCACAACAUUGAAUUGAGUCUGGGGCAAGAUAAUGCUGAGAGAGUUGAAGUGGAACAGGAGCAGGGUGGAGAGGAACGGAUAAUGAUGGAUUUUGAGCUGUCUAAGGAAGAAGAACCUGGGAUGUGGCUUAUAGAUCAGAGGAACAAUGUGGGGGAGCCCUUUUUGCGGCAAUGUCGUAAUGUUGAUGUGAAUGGUAUGGACUGUGGUCUAGUGAAAGAGGAGGAGGGAGAAGAGGGAGAAGACAGAGAAGAACAAGAGGAGGAAGAUGAAGAUGGAGAAGAAGAUGAGCAUGAGGGUGGGUUCCAUCUAUCACCCAAGUAUAGUAAUCAUUUUGAGGGGAUGACUUCUGGGACUGGGAGUAUCAUUCAUGCUAUGGAAGCAGGGCAGAGGCCUUUUAGUUCUGGGAUUGAUCUUCAUGACAACCCUGGAGGAGAUUUUCUCUCUUCGAGGGAUGAUCCUCCAAUGAUUUCUGGAUCGUCACUUUUUGGUAAUGGUCAUAAGAGAGACAUUGGCUUGGUUGAUAAUCAUAACUCUCACCAUUUUCUAAAUGUCAGUAACAAGCGAAUGAGAAGUGACAGCCCCUGGAAUUCUAAGCCUGUUGACUUUGAGAUGUGCAUGGAACAGAUGGAACAUUGUAUGGGGAAAGUUAGGAUGAUGUAUGCAUCAAAAGACGAGGCUUUUGAAGAAUCUAAUAUGAAUGGGCAACUCUUGCUUAAUGAGCUGCAGAAGCGAGAUGACGAGAUUGAUCGUUUGCAUAAAGCAAAGAUAGAAGAGAGUCAAAGGAGACAGAUGGAAAUGUAUCGGCUCGAGAAGGAACUUUAUAUGAUGCAAAGCCUUGUGGAGGGCUACAGAAAAGCCAUGAAAGAAACACAAAAGGCUUUUGCUGAAUAUAGAGCACGCUGUCCGCAAGCUGAUGAACCACUUUACAAGGACGUUCCUGGGUCUGGGGGCCUUGUUUUGAGUGUGACGGAAUUGGAAAAGGAGCGUCUGAAGAAGGAAGAAGAAGAAAGGGCAAAAAUGAAAGAAGUAGAAAGGAAAUUUGGAGAUGUUGAGCUAACUUAUAUGGGUGAACUGGAAAGUCAUAUGAUCGUAAUUGAAUCCUUUAAUGACAGGUUGAUGGCUAUGGAGAACCAAGUAAAACAUUUGAAAGAAGUGAAAGCUAAAAGCAAGGUUUCUGAUCCGCCUGAAUGUGCUCCAACUAGUGAAGCACAAACUGCUGAAGCACAAACUGCUGAAACACAAACUGCUGAAGCACAAACCGCUGAAACACACGCUGAAACACAAACUGCUUAGUAAGUUUAGCUUUUUUGUUAGCACAUGAAUCCCCACUAAGUUUAAGGCUGCAGGUUUUUUAUGUUUAUAAUGUACAGAGCUUUAUUUUGAAACCUGAGACCUUAAAACAAGGUAAUUCUGACCUUGAAUUGUGAGAUUAAUUUACAAAUUAUGGUGAUUUAUGUUUUGUGUUUUGCA